AUGGAGGCGUAUUUCGACAAUAAGAACAACGUCCUCAACGCACACAUACGCACAUCCUACGACGACUCUGUCUUGUAUACGGUCAAGUCUACAUCGGGCUUCCGCGGGCCACGAAUUACUAUCCUCGAAGACGCCAAUCCUGUUCUUGGGCAAGGGAGCAAUCGCAUCGUCGGGGCGAUUCAUUGGAAGGAGAAAGUGUUUGAGGUGAAUGGUCACCGGAAGCCGCUAGCUGAAAUCAAAAGGCGGGAAGGGCGUAUCAUGCAUACCACGCGCUAUUGGCGAUGGGGCAAAGAGCGGAAAGAGUACGAGAUUCGCUUUGACGAUGAUGAGUGGAAGGCGACCACUGAUCAUGGAAUGAGUAUAAGUGCUAGGUUUGAGGUAUCGUUACGCCCGCACCUGUUUGGCAAAUCGAAACCUCCCAAAUUCCAUCUAACGACGGACACGCUCGAAGCGGAUGAAGUCUUUAUGAUCCUUGCUUUUAUAUACUGCGAAGUCAAGCGGCAGAAUAGAACCAAUAGCGGACCUACUGAGGGCAUUUCCGCUUGGUAA